AUGGCUCAGCUCCAGGUGACCGGUGUUAAGGUCAGCUGGACUGGACUGCUUGUGCUGGGUCACUUCCUGUACCUGCUGCUGGGCGCCACCAUCUUCCAGAUGCUGGAGCGGGAGGCAGAGAGCAACAACCGCAACCACUUCCAGCUGGAGAAGCUCCACUUCCUCAUGAACUACAGCUGUCUGGAUGUGCCAGCUCUGGAGAAGUUUGUGCAGGUGAUCCUAGGUGCCUGGGAGAAAGGGGUGAACCCCUCUGGAAACUCUACCAACCCCAGCAACUGGGACUUCAGCAGCUCCUUCUUCUUUGCUGGUACUGUGGUUACCACCAUAGGCUAUGGAAACCUAUCCCCCAGCACGGUAUCUGGCCAGGUGUUCUGUGUGUUCUACGCCCUGUGUGGAAUUCCACUCAACCUGGCCUUCCUAAACCAGCUGGGAAAAUGCCUCACUCUUCACCUGGGGAGGAUGGAGCGGGGCGUGAUCCACAUGGGGCAGCACAAGCAAUCAGUGGGAGUCCUGGCGGUGGCCUGCUUCCUAGUGAUGGGAAGUCUGCUCUUCUUGGUAAUACCCCCACUGAUCUUCAGCUACGUGGAAGGCUGGUCAUAUGGCGAGGGCUUCUACUAUGCCUUCAUCACCCUCAGCACCAUUGGUUUUGGAGACUACGUCGUGGGAACUGACCCAGAUAAGCACUAUAUCUCUGUUUACCGCAGUCUGGCCGGUGCGUGGAUCAUCUUUGGGCUGGCCUGGCUGGCCCUGCUCUGUAACAUUGGAGCCAGGGUGAUGGAGCAGGUCUCCCAGCUCAGGCACCAUGCUCAUGAGAUCCGGGAACAGGAGGAACAGCCUGAAAAGCAGGAGGAGGGCGCUGGGCAGAGAGCAAUCCAGCAGGUGGUCUGA